CCUAGGCCCCUAGCACCCCUGUCUUACAACGUUUUCCGCUCCACUGCUUUCAUCAAAUCGCAGGCCUGAUUCUCAGAGUCCGACACAGUUUCCGAAAGAAGCUAUUGAUAAGGAAGCUUUGUAAAAGCAUUACGAUUCGAACUUUCUCCUUUUACUCUAUUCACAACGAUUAUUAGCAGAAACUUUUCGCUUAGCAACCGCGAAGAAUCCCUUUGAAUCUGAGGUUCUCUGCAGUUCAGUUGAGUUUUGAAACUCAAAAGGACAUAAGAUAUGGCUGUAAAACCAACCGUCGCUUUGAGGGCUAUACUCGUGGGAGGAAUCGCGGCAUUUGCCAAAGUAGCUGGUGUGGUGAAGGCUGCAGGCGGUGCCAAGGUUGGCGCGGCAGCAGCUGCAAUGACGGCAGCGGCAACUGCAGCUAUGUCAGGGUCGAAACAGGAACAGAAGGACGCUUCUAAGUAGGAUUCAAGUUAAUUUUUCUGGCAGAUGUACUGGACAAUUUUAGUGUAUGAUAAGGCAGUUCCAAGUUGUUUUGGGAAAGCCCGAGUUGCACGCACCGUCAAUGUAAGACAAGAAAUUGGUUGAAAUAAGAGAAAUCAUACUUGUUGUUUUGUAUUGAUA